CAUCGAAGUACCAGCACCCAGCAGUACUACUUGGUUUGUUGUAUAUAUCUCUGUCAGAUCGGUUAGGCAUGGCAGCUCCAAAUAAUCUCCAUGAAGAUGUGUUGCAAUGGGUGCAGAAAGAUAAUCGUCGUUUCCUGCGUGCCAAUAUCCGAGUUGGUGAUCUUGAUCGAACCAUUAAGUUCUACACAGAAUUUUUUGGGAUGAAAGUGUUGAGCAGGCAAGAUUUCCCAGACCAAAAGUACUCAACUGCAGUCGUCGCGUAUGGACCUGAAGAGAGUCAUUUUGUUCUAGGGCUCACACACCACCACGAUGCAGCGGAGAAGUUAGACAUCGGAACAGCCUUCGAUCAUUUUGGACUUGCAACCCAAGAUGUUUAUGGAACGGUUGAAAAAAUCCGAGCAGCAGGAGGAGUGAUCUCACGUGAACCAGGGCCGAUUGCAGAGGGCGGGAGGACUAUUUUUGCCUUCGUUAACGAUCCCGACGGCUACAGUUUCGAGCUCAUCCUCAGGCCACCAACUCCAGAACCACUGUGUCAAAUAUGCCUUAAUGUGACUGAUAUUGAUCGGUCAAUUGAAUUCUACCAAAAGGCAUUGGGAAUGAACCUACUAUUGCAAAAGUACGACGCUCCCCAGUUCCAGUAUACUAUAGCUAUGGUGGGUUACGGUGACGAUUUUACUCAGACGACGAUUAUCGAGUUGAAAUAUAACUACAAUGUGACAGAGUAUACCAAAGGAAAUGGAUAUGCAAUGCUUGCUAUCGGCACUGAUGAUGUCUACAAGAGCGGUGCAGCUGUUGAACUGGUUAACAAGGAACUUGGAGGGCAAACAAUUCGACCCCCGGCUGUAAAUCCUAAAACCAACACCAAAAUCACUUGCUUCCUUGAUUCUGAUGGCUUUGAAACGGUAUUGGUGGACAAUCAAGACUAUGCUGACUUCAACAGAAAAUCGAAGGACAAGCAUGGCCGGCCUUGAGGCAAGACCAACUAGGCUGGUGCCUAGGGCCUCCCACAAUUACAAGGGUCUCUAGAUUUGAAACUUUCAUAAAUAUGUUCAUUAAAAUUUAUUAACUAGUUUGCUUUUUAGCUGCUUUUUACUAUAAAUAAAAAAUAUAAAUUAAUUAUCAG